ACGCCAUAUUGAGCGAAUGUUGAUUGAAUGUAGUUUAGGUGUUUACGCGGUUCGUAAUAAAACCCGUAGAAAAGUGCAUCAAUUAUCGUGUAGUCCGAUACAAAUAUCGGCGAACGAUCAGUUCAGUGUAGCAGAUCUAUUACGCAGCGACAAAAUGAGCGGCAGCGAUAGCGAGGACGGUCAAUGCAACAGGACGAGAGAAAGCAACGUAGUAGCGAUGGGUGACGUUCUCGUUAAGAAACGUAGAGACGAUGUUCUUCGUGAUGCAUGCAUUAGCGCUGAGGACGAUUUCAUGCGACAGGAAACUGAUUGGGCCAUUAGUUAUAUGGAGGAUGCUGUCAGGUCUCCUGUUGUUGCAGAUUCAGUUCCUGUCGCGAGCGUGACACUUGAAAGCAUGGUCGACGAGUUUAUCAAGGGCGCGAGGGGUCCAGAUAGCAUGAAUGCGAUACAAACGAGACCAGAGACGAUUAUUGAAAAUCCGAGUACCACCGUGAGCAUAGACAGCCCUUUCAGGGGAAAAGAAAUGUGCUCAUGUGAUGUAUGCAAAGCAAAGAGAGAGCUACUUAGAGAUGAAUUGCAGAAAGCUAUGAAGUUUCAAAAUUUAUGGACAGAAUUGCGCCAGCAUAUACAGGGUUCCUUUAACGUUGCCUUAGAAGCAUCUCGUAUUCCAGGAGGUUUACAGUUUCAGCAAACUCCAUUUUCAACAGAUGAUACGCAUAAAAUUGUUUUGCAAUUGUGUAAAAGGAAUCCUCAUCAAUUAUUUAUGAGGCUAGUGAGUUUGGCGCAAAAAUUUGUUGUAGAAGUAAAAGUUCGAUUAUUAGCUCUUCUUCAUGAUCUUAGUGUAAAUAAUUUUGCAGAAAUUUUUUUUACAGGUCUUUUAGAUGAUUAUGAUGCAUUAAUUACAACAGCUGUAAAAAUAUCUGAGUUUGUAAAACUUUUAAAAGACCAUUUGGGUAAAUUCAAUUAUAAAUUUCCUUUACCAUGGGCUGCUUUUAUUAAAAAGUUAUAUCAAAUAUAUAUAUAUGAUGAUCCAUUAAUAAAAAAUAAUUUGCCACCCUUUAUUGAUCAGUUAAGAAAACUUUUGCCUUUAAAAGGCUCGGAAUAUCAACGUCUUGUACAUCGGUAUUUAUGGUUUGACAAAGAAAUGACAGUAAUUAGAGAUUUAUGGGCAGAAACUGAAUCCUGGAUGGACAAGUACAAUGCAGAACAAGCAGGUCGAAUGUCUCGUCUUAGGCAAGUAAGGGAAGUGUUCACAGCAACUAAGAAACUUUUGGAACCAUGCAUGUUAAAUAAAUCGGCUGACGUUGGAAAUGAAUUACAAGAAGUGGAUAGACAACUUUCGAUACUUACAUCACAAGCAAAAGUUGGUGUAUCAGAGAUAGAUGGUAGGCCUUUAAGUCCUCCUACAGAUUUAAGUUUGGAUUCAGCCAAUAUGCCUCCAAGUAUUGAGAUACUUCAAAUUUUAUUAGACGACUGGAAUAAAGUUGUAAAGUCUCUACGUCAGAAAUUAUCUGAUGCAGGUGUACAACCUGCUACAGAUAUUUACACUAAUGGACAGGAAGAUUUCUUCGACUAUGCUUGUGCAACUUGCCAUUUGGUGCAGUCCACAAUGAGAUCAGUGAGGGCUCAUAUUGAAGGAACUUGUUUGGAAAAUACCAUAGAAGAAGGCAGAAGUUGUGAAUGUCAUAUGUGCAUAGGACCUGCAGUAUCUUCUACUGUUAAUAAAAAUGACGCGGAAAACAUGAUAUUGCCAUUAGAAAAUCCUUUCCCACAACUUACAAAUGGUUUCUUAGAAGAUACAGCCAAUUUUUCGGCAACGCAAGUGAAGAAAAAAGUAGAGGAUCUAGAAAUAAAGGAAAUAAAAAGCGACGAAAAUAACAUAAGAAACGUAAACGAAGACGUUGAUUUAAGGGCGUCGGAUCCACAACCUUGUUCGUGUGUAUAUCAGCAUGUGAGAGAAAUAACAGAAAGAAAAAUGGUGCUAGAAAAUCCACCUUGUCCGUGUUUAUUAAACACCAAACGGAAGAUAUGGGAUACCUGUCCCUGCUUAAUAAAAUCUGUACCUGAAACUGUUAUACCGAAUGGCCAUCCAAAGCCAGUAUCGCCUUCUAUUGUAAAGGCUAAUCAAGAACCAAAUAAACCUGCAGUGAAAACUGGUUCUACACAGUCUGCUCAGACACAAACGAGGCAUUCUACAACUCAGACGCCGAAUACUGCUCACAAUCACACAACAACACAUCAGGGUGCCACUCAUUCACCACAUACACAUGGGCCCCUUCCAGACUUGGUAAAAAAUACGGGUCCUACUCAUAGAUCUCAUACACACAGCAAUCAUUCUUCGCAUGCCUGUCACAAACAGGCUAAUGUCGAGCAUAUUAAGAGAGUCUCGUGUAACGACUUAAGUUCCGGGGACGGAGAUUGUUCGGAUUCCGGAAGUAGUCUAGAGGAUUCUUGUUCCACGAGUAGUUCAGCGCAAAGAGAUUCGAGCAGACAUUGUGAUUGCUGUUACUGCGAAGUAUUUGAUCUCGGAGUUGCAUCGGUAGUACAGGUUAGUCGAAACUACAAUGAGAUGAGAGAACGACUACGGCAAUUAUUAACGAAGAAAAAAGCUAGGAAAUGUAAAGCUACAUGUAUUCCUUCGAAAAGUCCUUCAGAGUUGGUUGUAUCUGAUACGAGCACGGAAACAAAAACAGUAACAAAUGCAGUGCCUAGAUUGAAUACACCAAUUUCAACUGUCCCUACGGUGCAAGAAGAUCAACGAGAUCAAAGAGAUCUAGAAGAACUGCUUGAAUUCAUCGAAGGCAAUCAGAAUGGGAAAAAAGAUAAUAAUAAAAAAGCUGAGAAGAAAGCUAGGCAAAAACAACGGAAGUUAGAAGAAAAGCUCAAAAAGGAUAGGCAAGAGGCAGAAAGGCAGAAAUUAAUAGAAUUACAAAAAAAGACACCAGAAGUAACGAUUACUGUUGUAGAUCCACAAAAACCUGUUCCUCAACGAUUAUUACCUCAGUGUAACCUACCCGAAGUAUCUAUUUUACCUACGUCACCACCAGUAGCACUGCCGACUGUAAAGCAAUUAAGUAAUAAGAAGAAAGACAAACAAGAAGUUUGUAGCAAUAGUAGUAAUACUAGUAGCAGUAGCUGUAGCAGCAGUAGUAGUAGUACCAGUAGUAUAAAUAGUAAAAUGAAGACUGCACCUGUGAAUACGAAUGUAAAGUGCAAAAGUAUUAGUAAAUCCGACAAAAUAAUGGUUUCUAGCCAGAUGAAUAAUAAAAUGACGAUCAAAAGUGAUAAAUCUGAAGUUAGCAAUAAAAAUAACAAAGUACAAACAGGCAGUAGCAAUAGUACGAAUGCUAAAAAUAAUGCCACAGAGAAAUCACUAACUAUGAACUUGAACGAUAAAAAAUUGACAAAGAAAGAAAGAAAGAAGUUGAAGAAGAAGAUGAAGAAAAUGGAGGAAGUAAAAGCUAAAGAGGAAACAAAGAAACCGAUUCAGACGGAGGCUCAACCUCAAAUCGUAACGAUUAAGAGAGUUAUGGAAUCCAAUAGCGCGGAACCAACAGUCACGAUCACAUUGAAAGGUCAGACNCCUGCUGAAGAUAAAGUUCUGUUCACUCUGGUCAAUGGUCAGACGAAAGAAGUCGCUAGUUUGAAACUGGAAAACGAACAGAAUCAAAAUAUCAGUGGAAAGAAAAAGAAAACCAAAGCAAAUAAUAAUAAUAAUAACAAUACCAUUACUAAUAAUAACAAUAAUUCAUUGCAACAGGGAAACAAGCAACAGCAAAUGAACAAUUGGAAACAGCAAGCACAGAAUAAAAUUUGUGACAGUAAGAACAAUGUGAAGCAACAGUCAAAUAAUGAAAAAGGUAAAGGAAAGCAGGUAGAUGAUAAAAAGACUCAACAACAGAACAUUACCGAGGUAAAAAUGAAAUCCAAAAAAGACAAGAAAAACACUGAAAAUAAAGAGAACGUGUUACAACAAAACGUUGUAAAUAAAAACAAAAAUCAGUCUCAGAAUGUAACUGGAAAAAAGCAAAAUAAAGUAAACACUCCACCUCAAACACCGAUUUCACAAAAGUCAACACAGAACUUAAAUAUUACUAAUGAUAACAAAAAAUCGAAAAUACAAUCGCAAGAUAAAAAUGGACAAUUGAGUGCUAACAAGAAUAACAAAAAUGCAUCUGCUAGUAUCACUAUUAAACAGACGAAGACUGAUAACCAUAAAGUCCAGAAUAAAGUAAUGAAUCAGGCAAUGGCUAAGCAGCGACAGGAAAUACAGUCGGUAUCUACUGAAAGGGUCAAUUCACCACUCAGUAGUCAGUUCAAAGACAUUAGUGCAAAUUCUAAGAUUAACAUAGAAAAUUUAAAAUUACCACCUGGUAUUACAAUAACAAAAGUUGACGCUCCUGCGAAACCCUUGCCAAUAAGAUCAGCACCAUUACCUAAACCAGUGAAUCCACCCAAACAAACUACAAUAAUUGCUGCACCAAUGAGCGGUGUACAAUCAAGUUACGCAAGUUCUCAAGCGGGUGGCAAUGUGAUUGUUGUGGAUACUGGAAAAUUGAAGCAGGAUCUUCUGCCUAAACCCACAGAAAAAGAGCUGUCUAAGGAAACUCAACAGAGUCAAACCUCCACAAGCAAAAAGAAGAAAAAGAAAAACAAAAAUGCAGCGAAUUCGAACAACGUAUCAAACCAAACAAUAUUACAAAACAGUGACCCUUUUAUGAAUGAUCAUGCAGAUGAGCCUGCUAGAAUCCUUCAUAAUCCAAAUACCAAUAUGGUGACCAUAAGGAACCCCGCAUUCGGUCCAAUGAAAGUGCCACCUACUCAACAAGCAGCUAUUAUAAAAGUAUCGGAAAAUGGUAUGGUCACUAUUCGUAGCCCUGCAUUGCAACAAGCAAUCAAUGCUGGCCUUACAUCACCCCCAAAACCGGACUACAUCGUAAAAGGCGAUUUGUCGUCAAAAUCGUCAGCGGAAAGCACAAGCUUGAAACAUGCUAAUGGUAUUAUACCGUCGAGUUUGGCGGAGCUGAGGAGCAGACUGACACCAGAUUGCACAGCUUUAAGUGGUCUGGCUAAUAUCCAAAUCAGUAAAGUGACGAAUGGUCAACCUAUACCAGAAAACGGAAUUAAUCUGAAGGGGACUAGUGUGACUUUGACAAAAGUGAGGACGGAACCUAGCAUGGAAGAUGUACAGAACGCGAAAACUGCAGUCCGCGAAGCAAUAAAUGCCUCGAUAGCAGCGUCGACUAGCGGGAAGAGCAAGAAAAAGAAAAAACGCGGAACUGGCACAAGACAAAGUGGAGAUGACUGGAACCUCGUUGAGAGCGUAUUCACGCCCAAAGAUAUAGACCUUGAGGACGGGGAGAUGGACGAUGCGGAACGCGAACUAGAGGCGUUCAAGAGGUUUUGCCUGCAGUCGGUGCCGCCACCACGUAAGGAAAAGGUUAAUCUCAACAUCAAGGACAUUGUGCUAAAGAAGAAGUCAUCUUCAUCGUCAUCGUCUUCAGCGGCGGCUGCUGUGAUCGCCGCGAAUUGAUUUCUCUUUCGACUAACAUUAGACGCUCCCUACCACUACUACUACUAUUACCAUCACCACUACCAUCACCACUGCUGCUACUGUACUCACGCAAACGCGUGUGUUGGCUUGACGCAGAAUUAAUAGGAAUUUCUAAAUAAGCUCGAGCUUAUACGAGCACACGUUGGCCCGAGGCAUUCUUUUCUUUAUAAAAGUCACUCUAUUUAUCAUAGAUCAGACAAUAAUAUAUUGUACUCCAUUGUUAAAUUGUCUGGUGAUUCUUUUAUCCGAGUGCAUGACACUUUCAUGCGAGAGACAUCAGUCUCAAUGAGCCUCGUCGGAGGGAUGAUUGCGCCACCCGGUGGACGAAUCGUGCGGCGUGAAAAGUUAAUUUUAGCUCAUACCCCGCACUCUCCGUGCCUAGAAUGAGCGCACAGCGCGUUAUUCGCGAUGAGAACCGAUCUUGUAACCGUGUUCCACCACGGAGAACACGUUUUCUCGUGCUCGACCGAGAGGAAGG